CUACCAACAUCCACUCCUGCCAUCAUGGGUUAUCUGAUCCGGCUCUUACUUAUCAGAUCCGAGCCAAAAACGGUCCCUAGCCGGCCGGCUUCGGGUCGUCUGCGUCGCAUCAGCUUGUCAAAUGCCUGCAACCCACCGAGCCCACUCACAAGGUGUGGGUUACCUUGAGAAAUCUGCCCCGAUGAGGCGCGUACGACAACCCCAAUCCGGAAAGUCCCCUUCGCGAAGAGGGACCGCUGUCGGUACCAAUGGGAGUACCAAUGGAUAGGUAUAAGCCGGCUGAACCCUUCAUAUAGGUAGGCUAUGCGUCCUAGGUCAAUAGCUCCCUGCGUCGUUUCUCGCUUGCCUCUUCACUCACUCAACGGGGAAUCGCUUUAGCUAGUAGCCAUGGCCGCUUAUGCUGGAGUCGACAGCUUCAAUGACGCCUUCCUUGCCGACGAGGGCGCCUCUAUUGGCCUAUCGACUCCCCCUACCGAUGUAGAAGCAGACGGCCUUUCUGCUGAGCAACUCGAACAGUUAUGGACCUGGAACUCGCCCCUUCCCCCUACUCUGGCGACCUGUAUGCACGAUAUUAUCAGGGAGCAGGCACAGAAACAACCGCAGCAGAUUGCCAUCGAAUCCUGGGAUGGUCGCUUCACCUACCGUGAUGUCGACUCGCUAUCCGAUCUGUUUGCCACAAAACUGGUUGCACUAGGUAUGCUACCAGGCGCCGUUGUGCCUUUGUGUUUUGAAAAGUCUCGGUGGACUGCUAUCGCGGUUCUAGCUGUCAUGAAAGCAGGAGCAACGUUUGCACUUACAGAUCCUAGCCAGCCCGAAGGGAGGUUGCGAACCAUCGUUGAGCAGACCGGCGCAACUGUCCUCGUCACUUCGAGGCUUCAAGAAGACCUUGGAUGUCGCAUCGCACCUAAGGCGACUCGCCUCACUUUGACCCAACAACUCCUAGACGAAGUCCAGACGCCUUCAGCACUACCCACGGUGCCACCAAGCACAAAUCUCUACAUACAAUUCACAUCAGGCAGCACUGGCAAACCUAAGGGUGUGAUAAUAUCUCAUGUCAAUUAUACAAGUGGUGCGAUUCCUCGUGCAGAGGCCGUCGGGUAUAAGGCACACUCCAGGGUUCUUGAUUUUGCAUCUUACGCCUUUGACGUGUGCAUUGAUUGUAUGCUCUGUACACUAUCAGUCGGCGGUUGUCUAUGUAUCCCCUCUGAUGCUGAUCGGGUCAAUGACCUGAGUGGUGCUAUCCGCAAGAUGCAUGUGAAUAUGGCUCAUAUGACACCUUCUGUAGCCCGUGUCCUCGACCCCGACAUUAUUCCCUCCCUCGAGGUUCUGGGCUUGGGAGGUGAGGCCAUCUCCGCCGGUGAUUCUGCGGUUUGGAGCAAGACCACAAAAGUAGUCAAUGCCUACGGGCCCUCUGAGUGUACGGUCGGCUGCACCGUAAAUAGCGAUGUCGGCGCUGAAUCCCAUAAGCCUCAUAUCAGCAUCGGGAGAGGCGUAGGCGCCGCAACUUGGAUAGUCGAGCCAACAGACCACAACCAUCUCAUGGCCAUCGGCGAAGUUGGUGAACUUUUGAUAGAGGGCCCGAUAGUAGGACCAGGUUACCUAGCCGAGCCGGAAAAGACUACAGCGGUGUUUGUGAAUAAUCCAAAGUGGCUGCUUGCUGGGGGUCCCAAAUAUCCAGGUCGCGAGGGAAGGCUAUACAAAACUGGCGAUCUGGUCAGAUACGAUACUGACGGCACAAUUAUAUUUGUCGGACGCGCCGAUCAGCAAGUAAAACUGCGCGGUCAGCGAAUCGAGCUUGCAGAGAUUGAAUAUAACAUGCGGGACAAACUCCCCCCAGGUACACGCAUAGCGAUCGAAGUCAUCAAGCCCGCAGGGUCUUCAGGUGAACCUUCCUUAGUCGCGUUCAUCUCCGACAAGGCAGGCUUAGUAUCCGAAUCUGAGUCUCUUCUGGGUACUCACUCCUCGCAAGUUAGAGAUGCGCUUACGACCAUGAACAGCCGCUUAUCACAUGAUCUUCCCAUAUACAUGAUUCCCGCAGUUUACAUCCCCUUGUCGACCAUGCCCUUAUUAGUUUCUGCCAAGACAGACCGCAAGCGUCUACGAGAAAUAGGGUCUUCACUGAGUCGAAAGGAUAUUGCUGGGUAUGCGGCGGCCGCCACUCCGAGGAGAGAGCUUUCCACUACUAUGGAACUGGAGCUAGCUGAAGCAUGGCGCAAGGUACUCGGUACUGAUAUGGACCUCAGUGCCUCCGACAACUUCUUCACAAUAGGCGGAGACUCGCUCCGGGCGAUGAAGCUAGUAGCUGAAGCGCGGGCCCGGGACAUCUCCCUCACGGUUGCCGGUAUCUUUAGUAAUCCAGUAUUGUCCGAAAUGGCCCUGGUAGCAAAAGCCGGUGUCAAACAUGGUGCGACCGAAAUCGCGCCCUUCUCACUUCUUGAUGCCCAGUGGACGGAAGAUGCUGCGCGCGCCCAGUGUGCGGCGUUUUGCGGCGUCGAUGCUCAUGAAAUCGAGGAUAUUUACCCAUGUACACCACUUCAGGAAGGUCUUAUGGCUCUCUCUGCCAAGAUCAGUGAGGCGUAUGUGGCGCAACGUGUGAUAGAGCUCGAGAGCGGGACCGCCGCGCAGGAUCUAUUGCAAGCGUUCCGCAGCGCUUCAGUCGAUUGUCCUAUCCUUCGCACCAGAAUUGUUCAAGUCCCUGAGCAUGGGCUGAUGCAAGUGGUUGUCAAAGACGACUUUACGUACGAAGCGACGCCUGGAAGAAGUCUUAAUAAAUAUUUGGAGGAUGACAUGAAAAUCGCCGUUGGUCUCGGCAAAGCCUUAGUUCGAUAUGGAGUAAUUUGCAGCGAGGAGAGCCAGGGGAAAGCAUACUUUAUCCUAACAAUGCACCAUGCCCUCUAUGACGGUUGGAGUAUGCCUUUGGUGGUGGACCGUGUCAACGCAGCGUACGAUGGGAAGUCGAUCGAACGACCGGCACAGUUCAAGCACUUUAUCAAAUACUUGCUCGAGAUGGACAGAAAGGAAUCGGAGGAGUACUGGCGGGAGCGUCUCGCCGGGGCUACCGGCGAGCAGUUCCCCGCGUUACCGUGGCCAGGUUACCAGCAGCAAGCUGAUUCCUUACUAGAGCACUAUGUUCCCACUGGGAAAAUCACAACGGGGAUGACAGUGGCUACAAUUAUUCGCGGUGCUUGGGCUUUUCUAGUGUCGAGAUAUACCGCCUCGGAGGAUGUCGUGUUCGGCGAAACUCUUACAGGACGAAAUGCUCCCAUCCCCGGCGUUGAGGAGAUUGAGGGCCCGAUGAUCGCCACUGUGCCCGUUCGCGUCGCCGUAGAUCCAGAUGUGACAGUAGAAGAAUAUCUGCGAGAGAUUCACGACCAGUCUGUUACCGCUAUUCCACAUGAGCAUUUCGGCCUGCAGCAUAUUCGACGCCUCAGCCCUGAUACCCGAGAAGCCUGUGAGUUACGGACGGGCAUAGUGAUGCAUCCGAGCACCGAGAGCGAAGAUAUCGGUCAAAAGGAGAGGGGACCAGCAGAUGGAUUCGUACCCGCGGGUGACACAGAAGCGGCACAGGAAGCUCUCAAGUUCAAUACAUAUGCGCUGAUGCUGGUUUGUUCGUUGGAUCCCCAAGGCUUCCUCAUUAUGGCUAGUUUCGAUUCGAAAACGGUAUCUAUGCCGCAGAUGAAAAAGAUUCUUAUUCAACUUGAACAAAUUACCAGACAGCUCAUUGAAAACCCUAGCCUGUCAUGCAGCAAGCUUGAUAUGGUGGUAAAUGAGGACAUAAAUGAGCUUGUGCAGCUUAGCCGCACUGGUGGCUCAAGCUUAGCUGGCUCGCCCUUAUCCAUCUCGGAAUCCGCUAUCACGGAGACCUGGAUCGUGGACCCUUUUCAAUUGCAGCACCUCGUGCCUGUUGGUGCUGUAGGGGAGUUGCUCGUACGGAGUAAGGAUAGUCUUUCGAUGGAGCAAGUCAGGAAUCCUGAGAGAAUAAGCGAAUUUCUCGACGGUGUUCUAUAUCGAACGACGCAGAUGGCGAAAUACACGGACGAUGGCAAGAUUAUCAUCGUGGACAAAUCAAGAGGGCAGGCCUCAGCGCCUAGCUUUAAGCAGAAACGGGUAGCUGUUAAUUCGACGAAGCAGAAGAUUCUGCGCCAGGUAUGGAGCAGGAUGCUAUCAAUAAGCGAGGAAGAGAUCGGGCUCAACGAUAGCUUUUUCCAACUGGGCGGUGACUCGAUCGGGUCGAUGAAGGUCGUGUCGGAGCUGAGGGCGAAGGGCAUGGAACUGACGGUUCCUGAGAUCUUCAAACAUCGCACCCUUUACGAAAUGGCCAAGGCUGUAAAGGAAAGAGACGCGCCGGCUUCAGAAGUGAUUCCGCUCAACUCAACCCCUUUCUCCUUGCUCGAUGUCGACGACGCAAAGGCUUUCAUAGCUGAAAAUGUUCAGCCAAUGCUUUUCCAGGAAAAUCUUAAGAUCUUGGACGUCCUGCCCACGCGACCUUUACAACAGGUUGCUGUUAAAGGUACAACAGAGCUGCCUCGGUAUUCAGCCAGAUACGAGCUCUUCCACCUCUCCGGACCCGUGGACACUACCAGGCUCUUCCAGAGCUGCCAUGAUCUAGUCGCUAAAAACGAGAUUCUAAGAACAGUCUUCGUCGAAGCCGCCAGCAAGUGUUACGGCGUCGUCCUCGAAGCACUGCCUGUCGCCAUCGACCAAUACGACAUCGCGGGGGAUAUCAGCUCAUUCGUCCACAAAUUGUGCGAUUUAGAUAUCCAGACCCGUAUGCCUCUCGGGUCCCCUUUCGUCAAAUUCUUCUUUGUCCGGGGCGAAGGCGAUAGCAGUUGUCUGAUCAUCCGCAUCUCGCACGCACAGUACGACGAGAUCUGCCUCACGGGGCUCCUGCGCCAACUCGCCGCCUUGUACGACAGCCAGCCGACGCGAAACUCCGCCCCGUUCUCGUCCUUCGUGUACUAUGCUGUGCAGAAGGGCAUCCCGCAAAGUAUCCCUUACUGGCGGGAUUUAUUAGAAGGCAGCGCACUGACGGUCCUCCGUCCGGAUCUGCCACUCACUUCGAAGACGCCUGCGGCUUUGACUCGCACCGUCGAUAUCGCUGCUCGUCUGAAGGACAUUACUAUCGCCACUCUUCCCACAGCGGCGUGGGCGCUCUGUCUUGCGCGCCGCCUCGGCUUGCGCGACGUCGUCUUUGGCGAGGUCGUUAGCGGGCGUAAUAUCGAUCUGCCUAAUGCCGAUGCCGUCAUGGGGCCUACAUGGCAGUACGUGCCCGUGCGCGUCAAGUUCGAAGACGGCUGGACGGGUCUGGAUCUGCUUGAACACGUCCAGUACCAGCACAUUGCGAGCGCGCAGCACGAAUGCAUGGGCCUCACGGAGAUCGUACGCGACUGCACGGAGUGGCCUGCGAGCGUCGACUGGUUUGAUUCAGUUGUCCAUCAGGACGUGUAUCACGUCGAGGAGCUCACAUUCGGCGCCGCGGAAUGCAGACUCGAGACGGUCUAUCCGCAUCUCGAGCCGCUUAGGGAGUGGAAGGUGCAGGCUUUUGUGAAGGGCGAUAGUUUGACGCUGGAGAUUGUCACUUUUAAAGACUGGAUUGGUGUUGCUGGGGAGCUUCUGGAUGAGCUGGAGGGUAUUAUGACGGCACUGGUUAGGAGGCCCGGGGAAUUGCUCUUUUGAGGGUUGAUGGUGAAUGAUUGUGAGGAUGUGGAUAAUUGGAAUUUAAAAGCUUACUUUGUAUCUUGGUUAUUAUAUACUUGUCAUUUUUCAGCUUUCUUACGUAGAAAAAUAUGAGUUGUAACGAUUAGGUGCCAUAAGCCCCUUUUUAUUGCUCUAUGUAUCGGUUGUGUUUUGCGAUACUAUACUUGUGUUGCACUAAUCUAGGAUAUUGGAAAAACGGUCAUAUGAUAAAUAAAAUAUCCACGAGGCGGGCGGUGG